AUGUCGAUGCUACCUGGCCCCAUGGCCAUCACGGCCCCUACCGAGCAGAUCCGCGAGACGGUGGCAACGUCUGAUGAGAUCCGCAAGAUGGAACAGGAUGGUACCCACGUUGGCGUCCGCCAACGCAAAUGGGGUCUGGAAGCGCGUCUGGAUCCCACGGUGACCUUUGAGGAAUUCACCCAUUGGGCCAAGAUUGAGCGUGAGCUCGAGGAUGAGGACUAUCGUCGCUACACGGCGAUCACUGGUGGCAACGGGCUCCUGGGCUCCAUCAAAGAUUACUUCAAGACCAACCCUUACGAGGAUGCCAAGAUCCAGGAAUCGCGUGAGCUGCAGGUCAACGAGCAGUCUCUCCAGAUCUCCGAGAAGAAGGCCGACGUUGCCGUCAACAGCGGCGACGAGGGCACCAUCAGCCCUAUCGGCCCCCCUUCGUACGAUCUCGACGCCGAGUGGCGCACAGCCGCCCGCGCUCUGCGCAACGCCGGCUGGGGAACCAUCUUCUACCUUAUCACGACCGAUAUUCUGGGCUGGUCGCAGACUCCCUAUGUCUUCUCCAACACUGGUUAUGGCCUGGGAGUGGGUAUCUUCGUGCUCAUGGGUCUCGCUGCCUUCGCCUCCGGUAUUAUGAUCUGGAGAGUUUUCCUCGCUCUGGACUCGUCUCGGUUCCCGAUUCUUAGCUUUGGCGACCCAUUCCUGCGUCUGUUUGGACCUCGCAUGCGCCACUUUAUCAACUUCAUGCAGUCGCUGCAGAUGUUCCUGAGUGUCGCUGUCGUGCUGCUCGGUAACACUGGUAUCAUUGCUCAGCUUGGUGGAAAUGCCAACCUUUGCUAUAUCGCCUGCGGUGUCAUCUCGCUUGUCGUCGGUAUGGCCAGUGGUUACAUGCGCUCUCUGAAGCACCUCGGUUGGUUCUGCAACAUGUCGGUGUGGAUCAACAUUGUCACUUUCCUGAUCAUCUGUGUUGCCGCGGCCAAGCACGGCCCUGACCCGACUGCCGCUGUCGAGAACGGUAUCCUGAACAAGGCUUGGGCCGACGUCUCCACCAUGGCGCCUGUCCGGACCUUCGUUAACACUCCUCCUGCCGAGUACCAGCCCACCGACACCAACCUGUUUGCCGCUCAGUUCAACGGCAUCAAUAGCAUGGUUUAUGCCUACUCUGGAGCUGUCAUGUUCGUCGCCUUCUUGUCUGAGAUGAGACGCCCUAUGGACUUCUGGAAGGGUCUGCUCGUUGCGCAAACCUUUAUCUCCAUUGUCUACAUCUUCUUCGGUGCCUUUGUCUACCACUACUACGGCCAGUACAGUUACGUCAACGUCAACCAGGCCGUCAACCCCAAAAACCUCCAGGUUGUCGGCAACGUCCUCUCCCUCCUCACCGGUUGGCUCGCCAUCUUCCUCUACUUCAACGUCGGCAUGAAAACCGUCUAUAUCGAAGUCGGCCAAGCAAUCUUCAACCUCCCCUCCAUUGCCUCCAAGAAGGGCAAAUUCCUCUGGUGGGGACUCGGCCCCAUCUACUGGAUCCUCGCCUUCGUCCUCUCCAUGUCCGUCCCCCAAUUCGGCGCCUUCACAAACUUCGUCGGCGGCCUCUUCAGUCUCAACUUCACCUACUCCUUCUCCGGCGUCAUGUACCUCGCCUACAAGGUCCAGGACGGCGCCCGUCUUCCCGGCGAAGGCUUCGACCCCGUCACUGGCGAGACCACCCGCUUCGACAACGGCGUUAAGCGGUGGAUUCGUGGCUUCAUGAAGACGUGGUAUGUCAGCGCUCCCGUGCUCAUCUUCACCGGCUGUGGUUUCGCUACUUCCGGCAUGGGUACUUGGGCUGCUGUUUUGGCGCUGGAGGCUGCGUUUGGCCCUGGUGGCUCGGUGGUUACUUCUUGGACUUGCACGAACCCGUACUUUAGUGGUUAG